UUCAUAGUCGGCAGUAAACAAACGAAAAGAAAGUGGAAGUCAGAUGAUGUCUGUGUUAUAAUAAAAGCUGUUCUAUCCUCUCAACUUCCAUUGUUAUUUUCGACUGCGAAUCUCAUGUAAUGGAUUUUGACGUCAACGUCCACGAUGCUACAUCUGUGUUGCCCUUAUGCAGGGAAGAGCUUUUUUCUGAGCUGGUGCACAGGAGAUUGUAUGGAGACAUAACGCAGGUGUGGCAUCAUCCGGGCCACAUCUUCAUCACAACAAAUGAUGGGCACAAGCUGUUUACUUUUGACUGUAAGCCAGUCACUCACCAGCAUGCUUUUGACAGUGGCACCCUGGACCUGUCCAACAUCCCCUCUCCCAUCAUCAACAUCUUCAUGGCUGCAGAUAACAUAGCAAUCAUUGUGUGUAGAUCCAGUCAUACCUACUUGUUCAAAUUUGAAAAUGACUCCACGUGGUCCCGACUUGUUGAGUUAAACAUCUCUUCGUCAUCCGACCCAUGUGAACUCAUGAGUGCCACGUAUGCCCCGAAGUCGAGGUCGUUAAUCUGGUGUGAAAAACAACAGACAUCAACUUCCCCUACAGAGUUGUCGGAGAUGCCAUCCUCGCCAUACACGUACAGAGUGUGCAAGAAAACUUUUCCCGCAGGAUUUGUGAACUUGAACUCAUCCAAGGGGAAGGAAUCUGACAUCAUCCUCCACAAUUGCCCUCCGUUUGAUCUGGAAACAAUGACAGACGAUGUUGUCUUCCUGACCACAAGGUAUAACAAAGACCAAGUGACAGUGUACGCGACGUUCAGCUGCAAGCACUAUUCCCUGACCUUGUACAUCGGCAACGAGACAGUGGACAAACCACUCUCCUCCUUCCUCGGACCCUCAGACUUCCAGGAGAUGGCCAUGACGCAACUCUCCACUCUGAUCAAGCUGGAGCCGGGUGGGGGAGACCUGGGUGUCCAAACUGACCGCUCCAACAAGCAGGCGGCAGCUCUCUCUUCCUCGGGACAGCUGGAAAUUUUUACAUACAGUAAAGUUCCUGGCGAGCCGAGAGCUUGGAAAAUCACAAGGAAUGUCGUUGAUUUGUCGCGGGCCAUGGAGAAACUUCCUGUGGUUGAGAAAAGGCAAUGGUUUCUGUGUCGAGCUUGUCUGGGCCUGGUGUGCCAGGAAAAGCUAUACAUCAUCCCCUUAAAGGACCAGUCGGUGCACUGCGCGUACGACGGCCUAAGUUCCCCGCAAGAUGUGAUCACCAGCAACUCCCCGGCUUAUCUGGCGUGGAUCCUCACGUCGAGCAGCCUGGUCUUGCUUCAGAGCUCAGACAGCAAGAAAAAGAAAGAGACAGCUGGGGAAAACUUGCCCGAGGAUAAUCUGCUGCAGACGGGCAUCUUGCGUCUGGCUCAUUUACAUCAGCAAAGACUGGACGUUUAUGACAGCGAGAUGACUCAAGAGAUACACAAGCUGAGAGAAACUUGGUCAUCUGGCAACAUGGCUCAGAACCAUUCCCAGCUGGCUCAAACUGUUUCCCCUUUGUUGGAGGAGUACUGGAAGCUGGAGAAACUGUCGCAGUCUUUGAUGGACAUGAAACAGCCCAGCCCAUCCUCUGAGGGAAGAAACACAGAAAAGUUUAUCCAGGACCUCAUGGCCAACGACGGGGAGGGGAAGACGGGACGGCACGCAAAGCUGGUCUGGCUCUCUCAAGUCUACCCUCAAGGUCUGCUGGACUACUUGUGUCAGGGAAUCACCAUCGACAAAGAUGAGCUCGUGGAGAGUGAGAUAGCGUCGUGGCAGGCACUACUGGGUCAAGACGGAGGCGACCUCACCAACUUUGAGUUCGUCUGUCGUUUACUCUUCCUUCUCCACCCACACAAACUUUUCAAUUUUGUGAAAUGUGCCGAGUCGGCCAGCGAGCAUAGCGUGGGAGUGUCAGCGUUUGUCCGGAAAAAACAUUCACUCAUGUACUACAAGGCAGCCUGCGAUUGUCUGCCCGAGACCAAGUCAUCGUGUGAUCCGCAAGCAGCCGAAGUGGCCAGGACUAAACUCAUAUUAGCCAGUGGGGCGGAGAACAGCGUGGAGCAAGCUCUGAAGGAACUCAUGCGGCACCAGCUGUGGGCUGAGGCCGUGACCUUGCUGAAGGAGCAGUCGCACAACGAGGACACGCUGCCCACCUAUCUGUACAUCACGCUCAAGGCCAUGGCUCAGGGCCAGGUGCUGUCAGACUACGUGGGGGAUCUUGUCUCCAUCAUGCCCUCGUGGAAAAGUCUCGUUUCCUUCGCUGCCGUUGCUGCUCAGAACCCAGAAGUUCGCCAACAACAGUUGUCGCUGUCUGCGGCCAGCGUGUUUUCUCAAGGAUCUACUAGCGUUCCCUUUGGAUUGGUUAAACCUUUUCUCAUCGAUCUCAUCGUCAAAAUGGAUGCACAACAGUAGAGACACAAAAUGAUGGUGUUGAAUCGAUCCUUGCAACCGGAAGAAAGACGAAAGAUUACGAUGGUAUUAAGUCAAUCCUUGUUAACCGGAAGAAAGAUUAUGACUUUUUUUGUUUUAAAACUGUUGUUGAAGUCAAUCUGUUGGCGCUCAAUAAGCUGUCCCCGUGGUUUUAUGCACCCCGCAUAAUUUAGCAAAAUUUGAUCAUUUUUUGCAUAAUUUCUGAUUA